CAAUUCGCGCAUUCCUUGCCUCGAAUCGACUUAUUUGCAAUAGGUGACAUUGAUUUUGUGUUCUAAUUCGCUAUUAUCAACGGAUAAUCGUUCAAGAUUGUUUAAGUAAAAGGAAUACAGUAUACUAAUGUAAAAAAAAUUUUGGGGGUUAACGUAUAACCUCUCGAAAAUAAACAAUUAUGCCAAGAAGUCUUAGUCAAGAUAGUCGAGGAUCAUACGAUUCGGAUAAAUAUUCAAACUAUACAGAUUCUUUUGAUUCCGAUGACGGAAGAAGUACAAGAAAUACAAAAAAUGAAAAUUCAAAUCGGCAAAAAGCAAUUAGAAAGACUUAUGGUUCAAAAGCUAGAAAACCUCCUUCGUCGCAAACUCCUCGUUCGGAUUACGUAACGAGUAGAAUGAAAUCGGCUAGGCGUAAUAAAGCUAAUGAAUAUCGUAAUCAAAUUGCUCAACUUCAAAGUCAAAUUGAUGAAUUUAAGUUAGAACAAAAAAUUUUAAGGAAACAAGGUAGACUUCAGGAAAGAGCACUGCAGAAAUUUGAAGAUAGUGAAAGUGAACUUCCAGCAUUAUUACAAAGACACGCGGCCGAGGUAAAAAAUUUAAGGGAUCAAAUUAAGAAGCAAAGAGACAAAAAUCAAGAUUUAGCUAGGAAACUGAAGGACAAUGACUUAGAAAUUGAUAAAUUAAAGAGGCAACUAAAAAAAUAUAAAAGAUUGGUAGAAGAGAAACAUUUGGAUGAGAGGGAGGCUUUGCAACAAAAAUACGAAAGGGCUGAACAAAGAGCCGAAGACGCAGAACAAAGGGUUCAAGAAAAGGAAAAAGAGUUGGACAUCAAAAACAUUUAUAGUCAACGAAUAAUUAGAGCUCCUCAUAAAUUACCAUCAACUGCAUCCUCUUUCGGCUCUGGUCAUAACGCUAGUAAUCUUUCGAGAAAACCUAAUACAACAGGAAGUGAUCCUGGUCCAACGCCUAGAGAACGUAUGCUUGGAUACGAUAAAAGAUUAAGGGAUGAGCAAAAAGUUAAAAAACAGCCAAACGAGGACGAAUCAACUUUUGUACCAAAAGAAAGAAUAGAAAUUGCUAGGAAAGAGAGAGAACACCUAUUGAAUGACAAUAAGUCAAAAGAUGAUGAAGAAAAACUUUUCAUGAAAGAAUUUAAUGGACAGAUAGUAUUUCGUUCCUUAAGAGUCAAUGAGAGUCCAACCCAUAAUCUAUUAAUAGAAAAUCACUUAAAUAAAGAAAGUGAAGAAGAAAAACAAGUAGACACUUUUCGUAAUAUAAAUAAUAAAGGAUAUAAAACGGAGGAGGAAAGAAAAAGUAAUGAAAUUAAUAACAAACAGAUAGAAGAGAAUUAUUUAAUCAUCCACCAUGACAUUGAUCAUGAACUAGAUAAAACAGAAAACAAUUUCAAUAAAGAUAAGAAUAUUGAUAAAGAAUUAAUUGGGAUAUUAGAGAAUGAGGUAAAUAGGAUAGAAAAAGAGCAGGAUAAAGGGGAACGAAUAUACAGAUGUGAUAAUAAACAGAGUAAUUUGUCUAGAAUCCAAUCUACAACGCAGUUUAAAAGAAGGCCUGAAGAAAAGAAGGUUGUCUCCUUUUUGACAACAACACCAGUGAGAGUUAAAAAAAUUGCCAGAAACAGGCCUACAAUAGAAAAGUCAAUGACCGCCAAGAGACAAACCGAUGUAUAUUGCCAAGGUCGCUUAAACAUUAUUGACGAAGUACCAGAAUUGUAUGAGGAAAAUAAUUCCCUAAUAGUGUCUUUACCUUUUAAAAGUAACGAAGUAAGAAAUGAGAAAGUAAUUGAGAAGAAUAGCAAGAGCUAUUCACAGUUAUUACAAUUAUACGAUACAAAAGCAGCUGGUUUCCCUCUUACACCAGGAAGCGACGAAUCUAGUAUCAUGUGUCAGGAGCUUGAAAGGGAGCGGAAGGCUGAAGAGAAGAGACGACAAAGGGCUGAAUGGGAAAAUCAGGAAAGGACUAGACGGGAAGAAGAGGAGCGAUAUCAUAAGCAGUUAGAAGAGAGAAGACGACUUGAAGACGAAGAAGAAGAUAGAAGAGCGGAAGAGAGGAGAAGGCGAGAAGAGGAGGAGAGAAAAAAGCGAGAGCUGGAGGAAGCUGGCUACAGGGAGAAAUUAGAGAAGGAAAAACUAGAGAGAGAGGAGAGAGAGCGGAAGCAGAGAGAGGAGGAAGAGAGAUUGAAGGAAAUUGAAAAACAAAGAAAGGCCAAAGAAGAAGAGGAGAGACAGCGGAGAGAAGAUGAAGAGAGGGCGAAAGAAGCGGCAGCCGUGAGGGAAAAGAAGCAUCAGCUUGAUCUAUUAAAGAAAAAGCUGGCAGAUAUAGACGCUCAAAAGGAAAAAGACGAGCCUGUAGAAGAUCCUAUCUUUUCACCUGGUAGACAUAGAAAAGACUACACCUUUACUAAAGUAGUGGAAAACAUGCACAAUGGCCUUCCCUCUCAUGAACCGGAGGUUUUACCAAAAAGACUGUCUCGUGACAGACUUUUCAGCGACGAUGAUAUCGGCUACAACCCGUCUGCACCAUCUGCUCAGAAAACUGUUAAAAAGAAUUUGUUGACCGAUCUUUUUGGCGAUUCCAAAAUGGGCAACGAUGAUAAAUCGAAUGAUAUAUUCAAUCCAAAACCUCCAACUAAAGUUGUAUCUGGAAGACGGAGUGGCGGAUCUGGUAAAUUAAAUAGGCCUAGGCAGCAAGCUCAGACAAUUACUAGUAAACCAGCAAUAAAAGCAGUAGAUGAUAUCGACGACGAUAUUGAAGAAUUGGUGCUUUAG